CAUAUCGGUUGAUCCAGCAUACAUACAUCACAGAGAUAUCUAUCCAUACUUCAACGUUAAGUGUGCUUGACAUAUCGGGGGCGUUUAGUGUCAACAGACCAAAGCGCACUUUCCUCUCCAACAACAAUAACAACAACAGCUGCACCUUUCAUUUGGUGAGAAACCAAUAACAACAAACGCGCGUAUCACGCCAGCAGCACUCAGCAAGCCCUCAUCGCGACCCUCGCUACGCGAUCGCGGAAAAUGACGCCCUCAACUAUUGACCUCUUCAUCCUCACUUUCAACUGCGCAAAGAAUCUCAUCAAUGUCGCCGUUUGGGCGGCGCACUUGAAAGCGGCUCUGUCGGCGCAAGGUGUAGGAAAAGGGAACGGCAAUACGUUGCCGGACGUGGUUGUUUUCUCUCUACAAGAAGUAGCCCCGCUGGCUUACUCCUUCAUCGGCCCUUACUUUUUAAACACGUACUACGCUCGGUACGGGGAGGCGUUGAACCUCGCAGCUGGACAACUACUCGAAGAGGCCGAUGAAUACGGGACAAGCAGUGAUGGCGCCAGUGGUGACCCAUACAAGCUCAUCCGGGCCAAAAACGUAGGGAUGACAGCAAUCCUGCUCUUUGCCCGCGACCCUUCCAAGAUCCAGCAGAUCGAAGAAGCAGAGUGUGGAUUUGGUGCCGCGGAUAUGGGCAACAAGGGUGCGGUAGGGUUACGGGUUACUUGGAGCGAUGUCGUGGAUGGCAAUGACAACGCGAUAACGACAACAACAGAACAAGCAAAGACGACGGAACUCACCUUUGUGGCCACACACCUGGCUGCGAUGGAAUGGAACCUCAACAAGCGCAACGUCAACUGGCGCAGCAUCGUGUCAGACCUGACUUUCGCUAACCCGCGCAGCGUUUUGCCCGCCGGCAAGUUCCCAUCCGAAAGCCGAGCAGCGCGGUCGACGCCGGAUAGGUCUGGGGCGGGGGACACGGCGCCUGUGGCUCGUACUCGGGAUAGCAGCUCAGCCGAUGCCGACGACCACACCGAUCUCGCGUACGGAAACGGCGAUGGCGAUUCUGACGCCCAACCCCUACUCGACAAUCCCAGACCCAACGCUUCCCACGAAUCCACCCUCCAACAAAUCUCCAUCUUUAAACCAACCUCCCACCUCUUCCUAGCUGGCGACCUCAACUACCGCAUUGACACCACCACACCCCCUCCCCUCGCCACCUACCCUUCCUUCGAUGCUUCCUCGGGCAACCACUUCUCCCACUUUUUGCCUCGUGACCAACUUACCCAAGAGCGCGAAGCCGGACGAACUAUGCACGGCCUUUCCGAGGCGCCGAUAACCUUUGGUCCGACAUAUAAAUACGACGUCCAUCCAGUCAAGGGGGAGGCGGUUAAUGAGGAAGCGGUGAAAAGAGGGGAUAAAGUGAAUGGAGUGCCGGAGGUGCCGUGGCGGUUUGCGAGCCAUCGGUGGCCAGGGUGGUGUGACAGGGUUUUGUAUUUGGAUGUCCCGCCUUGGGUUACGACAACAACAGAGCUAGAGCAGCAGCCAGAGGCAGAGCGGGAAAAGGUGAAAGUGGAAGUGGAAGUGUACGAUUCUCUGCCGGUUGUGGAGACGAGUGAUCACCGACCUGUGUUCUUCAGGGCGAAGGUGCCGGUUUUGGGGGAGGAGGCGAUGAGGCUACCUUUAGUUAGCGAGGGUGAGAGCGAACGGGAAGUAGAAGAAGAAUGGAAAAGGGACCCCAGGGUGUCGAUGCCGGUCGCCGUGGAUGUACAUGCUUGGGAGAGGAGGGCGGCGGCCAGGAGGAAGGAGGUGGUGGUGGGGUGGACGGCGUUCAUUUGGAGUACGAAGGAGGGAGCGCUGGUGUUGGCUACUUUAUUGGUUAUGGGUGUUGGGACUUGGUGGCUGUUACGCGAUUGGUAGUAAAUGGGCUUUGAUGAUAGUUACGAUGAAUGUGGAUGCAUGGGCGGUUUCUU